CAUCUGCAUUAAAUAUUUAUAUCGGUUGAUUAGAUUUUUAAUAACUUAUUUUCAACAUGUAUCCGUGUCCGAUGCUCCAUAGUUACUAUCAAAGAUGUGAAAAUCAAAUUCCUCGAAGAGCUCUGAACCGAAUAAUAGACCGAGCCAUGCUGAAGGACACAGAUUGCAGAGAAUUGGAUCCUCCGAUACACAGGCUUAAUUCUUUGCAUCCUGAAUGUUACGCUCCUCACGUGGACGUGACACGGGCCAAGUGUGCUUUCGGUCGGCGAGCUCUACCUAAGCUGAGAACGGAAUUACACAGUGAACAUCCUCGGAUUGUUAGGCAGGCAGUCAACACGAUCGCCGAUUUGAUCCACAAUCCGGAAAGCGGUGCUGAGGCAAUAAGGCUUCGUAUACCAGACAGGCUGGCAGAUUUGUUGGUAUCUGAAGAUCCCUUCCUACGUGAAAGAAUUGGAAUGAUUUACACUUCGUUGGCCAGUCAAUCAAACGGCGGAUCAGCAAUUACUGGUAACCCAUUGAUAGUUAGCAAUUUGGUGAAAAAUUUACGCGAUGAUCUUGACUGCGUGCGGUUGCGGGCAGCCGAGGCCAUCGAAAUGUUGGCAAGAAAUCGUCGAGUUGCGGAUGAUCUCUGCGCCUUCGGAUUUAUCGAUCUGAUCGUCGAUCGUAUCAUCGAAGAGGAGAAGGAUAUUUUGGUCGUAUAUCUCGAAACCUUGAAAUCUCUUCUGGACUGCGAUCAGAAAGUUCAUGCGAUCCAGAUUGGAACGAUGGCCAAACUCGUCAUACUGCUCCAGCGGAAGGAUGAGGACAUUUUAGUCGGAUCUCUAGCAUGCUUAGCAAUUUUGUGCUCACAUGCCGCCGGCAAACAAAAAUCAAUCGACAUGGAUCUUAUCUUCGUCCUGAAAACCUUCCUUGAAGAUGAGCGGCGAGCUGUGCACACGAAAGCAGCCGGCGUUCUUGCAUUCGUGACAAUCACGACACCGGGAAAAUUGCGGGCCUUAGAUCUGCAGAUAACGAAUCGACUUCUGGAACUGGCUGCCGAUUUUCACUGCAGAGAACUUCAGCUCAUGGCCUUAAAGACGCUGACGAACAUCGCCGAGGUUCCCAGAGGCAGAGCUGCCAUGUUGCAGUCGCACACGAUGUUCAUCGAGAAUAUCGAUACGUGCAAAGACGAAACCACUGAAAGACACAAGGCAAUUUUGAUGAAGACUAUUCGGUGGCAACCGUAAAUUUUACCCUU